AUGGCAUCACCAAUCAAGGUACUCGUCGUGAGUCCCACCGGAAAGACCGGUAGCUCCGUGGUAGAGGGACUACUCAACUCUUCAACAAACUUUGAAGUAACAGCUCUCACGCGGGAGUCUUCCCUAGAAAACCCUACCCUAAAGCCAUUCAAGGAACGCGGAGUCAAGAUCGUCACUGCGGACCUGAACGGGCCCAAGGACGUCUUGGUGAAGCUGCUGACGGGAAUCGAUGUCGUUGUAUCCUGCAUCUUCUGGCGCAACCUCAAAGAUCAGAUUCCUCUCGCCGAGGCUGCCAAAGAGGCUGGAGUCAAACGUUUUGUGCCGAGCUCAUUCCAGACACCUGCGCCCAGAGGUGUAAUGCAGCUGGUUGAUUGGAAAGACGAUGUCCUGGCAGCCAUCCAACGCGUGCACCUACCCUGGACCGUCAUCGACGUGGGCUGGUGGUCCAACCAGGUGAUCCCGCCGCUGCCGUCGGGCCGCACCGACAAAUUCGUGGUGCCCUUUUUCAAAUCCAAGCCGGCCGACGGCAACGUGCGCAUGGCGCUCACGGCGCUGCAGGACGUGGGCAACCACGUCGCCCGCGUCAUUGCCGACCCGCGCACGCUGAACCGCAAGGUGCUCGUCUACACCGAGGCCAUGACGCUCAACGAGGCGGCCGACCUCUUGGACGAGGUGAGCGGCGAGAAGAGCAUCCGCUCGUACCUGCCUGCCGAGGAGAUUACUGAGGCGAUCAUCUCGGCCGCCGAGGCAUUUGGAAAGGACCCAAAUGAUAUGAAUGCCACGCUGGCCUUGUUUCUGAACCAGUACCAGAACUCUUGGGGUGUACGGGGAGAUAAUGACCCCAAGAAUGCCGUGACCCUCGGAUACUUGGACUUCAAUGAGCUGUGCCCUGAUAUCACAGGCAUCAAAUUGCGGGAUAUUUACGAAAGUAUCCUGGAUGACACCAAGGAGUCACUGGGCAUCUCGUGGGAAUGA